CAUCAAACUCUUCCGUAGUGUUUAUGCCUUUUUUAUAAUUUCUGAGUUCUUUCUCCCAAGCCCAGCCAAAAUUCGCUUCGGAGAAGCUCAGUCUUUGCUUGGGCAAAAACAGGGCGUUAAUCAAUCCAAAAGCAUUUCAAUAUUCAACUAAACCAGCCGUCAAUUGGCGCGCAGCCCAAGUUCAGUCGAAAUUCAAAAAGGUGCAGCUUCUGUUACAAGCGCAAACAGUGUGCACAAGGCAAUUACUGGCAGCCGAAACCCCAACAGCGGCAUGUUGUAGCCGUCGGCCAAAGUUGCUUCAAGAGGCCCUCCUCACGAUCACAAGAGCGUCUUUUGAUCAUGCGUAGCCUCGACAGGACUUGGGCCUGGGCUGCUCUAUUGACGCCGUUGCUGGCGCUGGCAGACACUGAUGCAGCCCAUGGUUCAUCCAACGAACCUUAUACAUCGGCUUAUAUAACCUUGGAUCUGGCCGAGACCAGCCCAGUCCCCUACUUGGACAUUCAACUUGGUGUUCUACAAAAGCAAGAACCAUGCGCUUCUGCGCAUGUGCUACUUAACCACCAGCCGUUGAAACAGGCCAACAAUGGCGAUUUCACCUCCUUAAGCGAUGACAUACCCUUCACCGCGACAUGGAACAUAACCUGCGUCGAAGUCGGCGGUGCCCCUACUGCGCAGCUCUUCUCCUUUGCAGUUGAGUCCGUUUUGGGCGUUGCCAGGGAGCAACCUCUGGGGUUUUCAUUUCAGUUCAAACAGGACUCCCCGGGCGAUAUAUUUGACCUGAAAGGUCCAGCCUCAAUGGAGGUUUUCCAAGAACAAUAUCAACAAUCCAUGGGCGAGGGAACUCCCGAGGACUUCAUGUCUAAAGUCGAUGAGCUGCGAAAAUUGCGACGCGAUGUGGAACACUUGAAUGGUCUCAUCCGACGCAAAGAGAUGCACCUUGCCAGGUCUCACCGUUGGGAAGAAGAUGAAAAAAGUAUCGGCGAUUGUGAUGACUUCAAAUGCAUGGUCAAGACAUUCCUGAGCACCAUCGGUAGUGUCGCAAAGUCAUGGUUCUGGGAUGAUUUCGCCGCCUUGUUCGGAGGCAGGAGAAGGCACGGACAUGAUGGUUGGCGUCAUGGUCACCGAAAGGGAGGACACAAGCCUCAUUGGAAACACCCUCACGGGCAUGAAGGCAACAGUUCGUCGCACGAUGGAUGGAGAUUUCCACCACCGUGGGAGCGGCCUCAUCAUAGGCAUCGGCCUCCGCACUGGCCGCCGCCAGGAUCUCCCAAUCACAGGCAUCGACCUCCGCACUGGCCGCCGCCGCCGCCGGGGGCUCCAAAUGAUGGGCCUCCACCUCCGCACUGGCCACCGCCGCCGCCGGGGGCUCCCGAUGAUGGGCCUCACCCACUACCUGGAGCUUCGCAUUCGCACGCAGACCAGCACCAGCGACCCAAACACCAUUCACCGCGCCCAGGUGCCGCGGAAAUCGUCUUACCUCUUGUCGUUGGCAUAUUGCUGUGUAUGGUCAUCCUUGGGCUGGUUGUUGGCAUGAUGCAUCUCAUUUGCUAUCGCCGCCGUAAGGGCGGCCGCCAGGAGGGUCGCUCUCAACGUCGCUCGCGCCUCCGAGAGGCCAAUCGUCGGCGUCGGGCGAAGCAAAGAAAGAACCUGGGGCGCUUCCUAGCUCGUGUGUUUGGAAGGGAUGAUGAGGAAGACGAGGAGAAAGAAGCGAUGUUGGGCGGUAGGCGGUCAAGCCAAAGCCUCGCAUCAGAUGAUGACAGCGACUUUUCUGACCUUGAAGAGGGACGGGCUGGAUUGAGUGUUGAACUUUCCAACUUUACAGAGUUGCCAGCUGAAGCCGAGGAAUUGCCGCCGUACAGAGCUACUGCUGAUGACAUGCUCUCAGAUGCAGCAACCUCUGACACGCUCUUGGAUGAGUCGGCCAGGGACUCCCUGAAGAAUUUGGAGAUGAUCAAGACCAGCGACUGCAAAGAUGCAUUGAGCAGAGCGGAAUGACGUGAUGGCGACGGGAUGCCUAGACCACUGAAGCUAGGGGCGAGAAACUACCUAGGUACCUAAGGUAGGUAGGUAUGUGGAUUAUACAGUAGGAUAGCGAUCAGUCAUGGACCUUGAAUUUCAGUUUCUUUUGUAAGCCUUUUGUACCAAUGGAGCAAAUAAAUAGCAGGAAUUUUUACCUAGCAACUCAUUUGCCUCGAUCAUCUAAUAAAACCCAUGUGCC